ACAGGGUUAAAUCUCUUGGUCAAAUGAAUCCUUUAUAUGAAAACGACAAAGGACAGCUGGUUGUAGAAACUGAUGGUGGAUAUUAUUCUAUGGAAAAUCAGAAUUAUUACAGAAGCACAAUUUUCUUUGAAUGUUGUAAAAAAAAAAUUUGUGAGGAACCUAUAAAAUUGCUCAGUAAAACUACUUCGACCUUCAAUUUUACUUGGAAAACACCUGCUGCUUGUCCCAAACUGAAACCCAGAACCAGAUGCCGUUUCAAACAACCAUUCAGUGAUCAAUAUUCGUAUGAUUUCACCACGUUGAGUAGGACGGACUUGAAAUUGAAUGUUUCAGGGUCUGUAUACCUGUUCGAUAUUUGCCAACAUAAUGUGUCAAAAUGUAAAGAAAAAGCUUAUAUAGAUAUGGGGUAUACAAUAGAAUUGGUAAUUGUAUAUAACUCUACAUAUAUUUUACUCACUCCUUUUGUAGAGGUGCCAAUUGACUUCUCUCGUUGA